AUGCGAGAAGACACGGACGUCUCGCUUGGCAGUAUCCGACAAGAGAUCGGUCGACCCAUCUACUCGGCACUGCUCGAAGUCCAAAAGUACAGCACUGCGGAAGCGAUGUCUGUGAAUUGGAUCCGGUCAUUAGAAUUGCUCUACAUGAAAAGCGACAGGAUCAAAAAUCUACUGGGUCCUUCCUCCAGACACAGCCGUGGCAACAUGCAGCUAACCUCGGGUCGGUUGCUAGGCCGGACGUACAUUAACCCUUUGGCACCCAGAAACUAUAUCGCCGUCUCCUAUUUAUGGAAUCCUGCGCCUGGGGAAGAUCACAGCCGUGGCGGAUAUCUUGUCGAAUCAAGCACGCCUCGAUGGAAGCCAAGUCUAGUAAGAGACGUUGUUUGGGACCGAGUCUCGAAAUUCGCCGCCUACAUUGCCUGCCCCUAUUUCUGGGUGGACAGGGAGUGCAUCAACCAAAAAAAUAAAAACGAGAAGGAAGUUGCACUCCAGUCGAUGCACCUAGUCUACAGGCAUAGCGACCAUCCCGUGGCAUUGCUCACAAAGCGCAUCGUCUGCCCAGAGCAAUUGGAUCUUCUGGCCGCGCUUUUGAGCGGCAGCUUGGUUUUCGACGAUGAAGAUACAGCACCGGAUCUCAGACUCAACCCUGACACGCUUGGCAGCGCUGGGAGGGUCCUGAAGCUGCUGGGCUCAAUCACGUCGGACCAGUGGUGGACCAGAGCAUGGCCAUUUCAGGAGGAUUAUUGUGCCGCGACAAAUAUGACACUCCUCAUCCCUCAUGACGCGUCUCUGGAGGACCAAAAAUGGGGCGCCAAAGCCACGUUAUUCGGUGAUCUUGAGGGCGAGCUUUGCGUCAAUUCCGCCAACUUCCGAGAAGAAGCUUCUCGAUUCUGUCUCGCAUACAAGAAUGAACGACAGGGUCAAGGGAGGCUCGAAGAGAUGGCUGGGCGGAUUUUGCAGCGCGCUGGCAAGUACACGGUCACACUGCAGGAUCGCCAGGCACAAGACAACGUGUACGCAGUCCGCAGAUCCAUGUCCCCCAGCAUCUUUGCAGAUGUCGGUGCGCGGAAGGCCGGAAGAUGUUCUGAUCGUCUCGCCAUCGUGGCAAACUGCUGUGACUACUCCGAGCGCCUCAAUACAAAGAAAUUACAAAGCAGCAAUCUCAGCUUGAGCCUGGCCUUGCUAACGCUGUAUCUCCUCAAUGGAGAGAUCCUCAUGAACGGCCGCGGUGGCGGUGGCAGUGGCAGUGACAUCGCACCACUCAACAGCACGAUAUUCGACUUUCUCAAGACACAAUCUCUCAGCAACUUCUCGUCACCAGUCAGACAGCAGCUCACCUUUAUCAAGAGCUGCCGCUUGGUGCGGGUCAAACUGGUAGAAGAAGGAAUGCAGACUCAAGGCCAUCUCUGGCAGCUCGGCCCCACGAUACUUGUGAAUGUCCGUCGCCACGUGCCCUGGCACCGCGACUCGGAGAGCGGCUUGAGGAAACACCAACGUCGGAACCUCCACCGACUUCUCCUGGAGCUCACGUCUCAGCGGUACGGCACGCAGUACGAGGACCUUGCGUCGUCUCUCGACGAGUUUCUCGAAAAGGACGAACACUGUGCGGCAGGCGACGAGCUGAGCUUCUCGCGGAGAUUUCAGACCUGGAUGGCUGGCGAGGUUGCCGACGCCAUUUCCGACCGAGGGAAGGUGUUACGCUUGGGGCGCCUUGUGGAUAGCCGACAGGACAUCGAGCAUGAAUAUACGGGCAUCUUCGUCCACGACGCCAACAGAGCGGGCAUGGCAGGAGAGCACAUCUUCACGGCUUCCUGGGAUGGGAAACACGAGGAGAUUGACAAGCACGUUUCCCUGGAGGUGGACGUGCCAGGUCGCAAUCGGUCAGGUGUGCUCACGUUGGAAGCCAAGAGAUGGAUUAACGGGUUGGUUUUCUUUCAGGGCCAUCCCAGGAGAUCUGUCAUCUUUCCCUGGCACCCGUCCUUGACAGUCUAA